AAGGUAAAAUUGACAUAGUUUAUAAAAUUUAGAGUAAAUACAAGGGAAUAACAACACAUAGGAGGAGACGACAAAAAGCACAUUAAAGACUAUAAAACAAUGUCGUAAAGAAAUAGAUAAGAAGAUUAAAAGAGUUUUUUAUUCAUUUCUCUAGAACUGUUCAACAUAAAGUAAUGAUUGAAACGGAUUUUGAAAGCUAAUAGAUUAGUCUCUAAAUUGAAAUACAAAUAUUUUUUAUCGGACUUCAUCUCAGCGACUCAAGUGGAAAAAACCGGACGGAAUAACAAAGAGGAGACAGCUAAUUAAUUGAUCAUGGAAAAGGAAAUUUUCUUUGCAUUUGUCUGUUUAUUUAUCGCAGCUGUAAAUGGAGCCUGUAACAGACAUGCAAUAUCAGAAUGUUUUAAUGACAUGGGUAGUGGUGAAAAUAUGCAGGCACAAUGUGCAGCAUAUGAGAACAUCAAGAAAUGUAUAGCACCACAUAAAGAUGCUUGCGCUGGGGAUCCAACACUGGCUGCCAUAGCACCUUUAGAGCAGAUGUGCAGUGGUGGUUACCUACCAAACAUUCCAAAUGUUUGUGCAGUUGAUGUUUGUGCCAUGGGCAUGCAGCAAUAUCAGCCAAAGAGUUCAGGUGAACCUAUUGAAGUAACACCAGAGCUUUGUGCGGCAGCGAGUAAAUAUAAAACUUGUGUAGAACAGGGAAAGUCUCAAUGUCCAGACUCCCAAAGUGUUACAAAUGCAGAGAUGCUGAUAGAAUCAUACGAAACAUUGUGUGGUGGAUGUACUGCUCCUAAAUUGAUGAAAUGUACUCAGAUGCUGGGAGAUUUGAUGACAGAGGAUUUUGAAAGAUUUCCUACUCAUGAGCAAAUUAAUACAGUUUGUCCAAAGCUGACAAGUUUCAAGAAUUGUAUAUCUCCAAUCAAAACUAAGUGUGACGCUAUGAAAUCUUCUCAAGCACAGCAAAUUAGCAAGGGUAUUGAGGCAGCUUUUAGUUAUACUGACUUAAUGUGUGGCGCUGAUUUUAAAGCAGGUUUUAUGAAGCAUGGUAUGGAGUGUUUUGAUAAAGCAUCCUUUAAAAAUGCAACUAGUGCAAAUUGUGCAAGCAUGAUGGCUCCUAAACCAGAACCAGAAUCUUCAUCUGCAUCUCCAGAACCAGAAUCAAAAACUCAAGAAUGUCAGCGUACAACAUCGAUGUUUGAAUGUUAUGUCCAGCAGGUUGAAGCUGAGUGCGGAGAGGAUGCAGUAGAGUUUAUUUCAACGGUUAAAGGCAGAUUCAUGAAUGUUAUACUCGUAAACCUUAAUUGUCCAACAAGUGGACAAAAUGGUGUAGAGACAAGUACACAAAGAAGUUAUACCAAAAAAGCUGAAGAAAACUUAAAAAGGGGAAGCAACAACAGAAGGACUCUGGCAGAAUUAGAGGAAGAAAACCUGAUUUUGGAGAAUGAACGUCUACGGGAAGAAACAAAAAGGCUUAAACUUGUACAAGAAAAUUUAAAACUAGAGAAAGAAGUGUUUAUUUUGAAAAAAAGAUCUCUCAUGUGUAAAUUGCAGACUGAGUAUCUUGAUUGUGUCCAAAUUUUAAGUGAACCAUAGAAACAACAUGUGUAAUACCGAAAUCUUAAUAUUUUGGUGUUAAAUUCUAAAUAAUAUAACAUUAUUGCUAUUUUUUCCCCAAACACAUGUUUAUACUUGGUAAAAAUAUUGUUUAACAUUGUAACCAUUUUGUCUCCUUAACAUAACUCCAUAUCAUUCAAAUGACACCAACUGUACGGUAUAUUUUAAAAUUUUUGUAUCUUGGCCCUUUUUUUAAAUUUUACAUAAGAGGUGGCCGCGUAUAAAACCGUUGCAGGAUGGUAGACUAGGUGAAUCUUUGUGCAAGAGAUCCCUUUGGGUAUAUUUUUGUAUACUAAUGUUUAAAUUCAAAUAAAACCAAAAUUGUAUUUUUACCUGCCAGACAUGAAUGAAGAAAAAUCCAGGCUAAUAUUAUCUACAUUGUAUAAAAAAACAUAAGAAUAAUUGAUUAACUAAUCAAACAUUAGGAAUUCUUAACUGACUAAAAAUUAUCUUUUUAGUGAACAAAAGUUAUGAAUUAGUUAUUAAUGAGAAUAUAAACGUGGUAAUCUAGUUACAUGUCUACAAAUAACAAAUUUUUCUCAAAAAAAAUGUCUAGCUAUGUCAUUCCUCUUUGCGGUGCAAUCAAAAGUUGGGUUGAUAUUAAUGUUACCCAUACAAUACUCGAUAGCAAUUCCCUCAAUAUUGUUAUUUAUAAUGAUAUCGUUGUGAUUAAUUCCAAUAUCAUGUAAAAUAACACAGGAUGUUACAUAUUUUACAGACUGAUUUGGUGUUGUUCUGAAGCCAUCAUGCAAACAGUUAAACCUCCUUUUUGAUAUUCCAAAUGGUUGUUCUAUUAAAACCCAAGUUCUACAAAGUGCUCUAUUAAAGUUUCCCUGGCAGUUAUUAACUGGACUUAGAUAAGGGGUCAUCAGGUAUUUGGAACAUGGAUAACCGGAGUCGCCUAGUAACAAUCCUUGGUGAAUUCCUGUUA